CGCGAAGGAAGGUUUGAAGAAUUGAAGAUUUGACAACUUGACGAUGGAGUUCGAAGCUUUGGAAUUGUUAAAAUUAAGAGAUGUACCGAAAGUUUGGGUGGACGCUGUUUGGGAAGCGGAGUUCUGUGAUGCUGAAAAGCUGGAUUCUCCUAUCGUGGACCAAAUAACAGCUGGAGGAACGGAUGUCUUCAGAAGUGUCCACACAGAGCUGCUGCCGUUUUCAAAUGACAAUACAGAAAGUGCUCAGAACGUCUGGGUGUUGUUAAAAGAAAAUGGAAUCUCCAUCAAAGCUCUGGUGGCAGUCAUAUCCCACUUCAUCCAUAUGGGCAAGUCAAAAGCGUCCAGCCUAGAAGACCGCUUGCAUGCGUUACAGGCAGCCUCUGUGUAUCUGCUGUUGUUGAAGAUACCAGGUAGCGUUGCCAAUCGGGUUUUCCAUCAGAUCUUGUUCGAGAGCUCCCUGGGCCUCAUCCAGAAGUGCUGGCCCAACGACCUGUCUGGAAAGAAGCGCAAGAAAGACCCACCGAGUAACUCCCAGGCCAAAGCAAAGGGGCGGAAACGUGCCAAGAAUGACAAAGAGAUGGACGAUGAGGACGAUGAGGAUGAGGAAGGCAACGACGAGCUGGAGACGUCCUUCUCCGCCCGGGAGCUUCUCCGCAUACGCAACGAUAUCGAGGCCCUGGUCAAAACGCUGCUUCACCUGCUCAAGGACCCCUCGCUGCAGUGCAGACCACAGUGUGUGAACGUGUGUGUGCAGGUCCUGACCGAGCUCACACGCUUUGAAGCCGGUGUGGAAGUAAUAUCUUUUUCAGGUUCAGUGGACAUUGAUCGGAUGCAGACCCUGACUGAACUGGCCUACCAUGGACUGUGGAUACUGUGCUCCAGCAAUGUAGCAAAGGACAAGUGUCUGAAGUCGGUGUUCAGCCGCAUGCUGUACGUGAUCGUCAUGAUGGGUAAGGCCGAGGGCCAGUCCAAGCCCACGCUGCUGGUGCAGUCUCAAGCCGUGCUCUCCGCCCGGGACCAGGCCAUCAACUUCAUCUGCCAUGUGGUUGAUGAGCUGAAGGAGGCUGUCAUGCCCAUGCUGUACGUGUUGGUUCAACACAUCUGCGACAAGAUGGUGGAGAAGGCAGACUACCGCAGCAAGGGCUCGCGUGCCGUGGGCCAGCUGGUGAUGAAGAUGCCUCUGGCUACUCGCGCCACCUUCAUCCAGUGGCUCUACGGCUACUCUGUCAAGACACAGGUGGCGUAUCGGAUGUUCGCGCUGGAUGUGGUGAUGGUGCUCCUGGAUGACAUGGGGGAGGAGGAGCUGAGCGAGGAGCAGCGGAGCGCACUGGAGGAGGGCCAGGCGGAGUUCUUGACGCGCCGCUUCUUGGUCCAGACGCUCAUGUUCCGACGCAGCUCCGACGUGUCGGCCACGGUUCGCGCCCACGCCCUGCAGUGCCUGGCCCGCUGCAUGGACCUGCAAACCCACAACAACACGCGAUGCGUGCAGGAGCUCUUCCAGACCAGCGAGGUGAUGUCCAAGAGCAGCAUGGAGAUGGACAGAACUGAGGCUAUUGGGAUUACCAAGAGCGGGAGUGGCACCUCUUCAGGCCGAUUCAGCACCUUCAGGACCAUCCAGUAUCGUCGCCUUAGUGGCAACAGCUCUGACGAAUCUUAUGAUGGCUUGGAGCUGUUGAAGCAGCGCGUGUCUGAUUCCAAGACCAGCGUGCGAAAGGCUGCUUUGGAGGCUAUCGCCGGCCUGCUAAGGCACAAUGUCAUCAACUGCAGUAAGGAGCAUUUGACCCUCCUGUCUGAGCGCUGCAGAGACCCCUCUGUCCAGGUCAAGAAGAAAGCCAUGCAGUGCCUAACCGACCUACUGCUGGCGUGUUCGGAUCGUGUCCUGGUGCAGGAGGGGUGGCUGCGCGGCGUGGUGGUCACCCUGAUGGACACGGAGUCCUCGGUGCAGGAGAAGGGCCUGGAGCUGCUGGACCAGGUGCUGCUGCAGCACAUCCGGGACCCCAAACACUACGCCGACACCAACCAGAGGCUGGCCUGGGACCUGCUCAAGAUGCUCUGCGACCAGUGUGCCGAUCUGGGCUGCUACUUCCGUAGAGCCUUCCACACGUGGUCCAGGCAGAACAAGUUCUCUGCUGCGUUCGUGAACACCCUAAUCAAACACACCAAGACGGACAAUGCAGCCGCUGCCUGGAUGAUGUUGGCCAGGGUGGCAGGGGCGGCCCCGGGACUCGAUUACCAGACCAUCCUGGACGAGUGGGACAACCUACGGCAGAGCAGGGAGGUGAAGGUGGAGACUACCUGCCACAUCCUCUCCGUGCUGGGAGACAUUGGCCAACACCUAAAUGACUACACCAGGGAGAAGGUCAUUGAGGACGUGAUGGGGCUGCUCCGAGGAUGUGCGAUGCCCACAGAUGUCAUUCAUGCUGGGAUUGAGGCGCUCUGCAGGCUGGACAAAGAGGAAAACAGACGGCACUGUGCUGAGCUGGUGUCCAUCUGCCAGAAGUAUCUGUCCAACGCCGUUUUGAGAGCCAAAGCAUCUCCUGAGGACAUGGACACUAAGAUGGUGGUGAGUCACCUGUACACUUUGGGUAAGGCCUCGCUGCUCUGCCCGGAGAAGGUGGGCGACCCGGUCUUCGCUCUCGUCCUCUCCUUUGUCACCACAGCUGUGGAACUGCAGCCAGAUGGCGAUAAUGCGUUGCCCGGCAGCCAGCCUCUGUCCCAGUUCAAGCAGACCCCCAUGCCAUCCACAGUGAGAGCCCAUGCAUUCGUCACCCUAGGUCAGCUGUGUCUGCAGCAUGAGCAGCUGGCGUUCCGCUGUCUGCCGGCACUUGCACGUGAGCUGGAGACUGGCCCUCACACGGUGGUGCGUAGUAAUAUAGUGGUGGUGUUGUGUGAUCUGUGUGUGCGCUACACCAACAUGGUGUCCCUGUACGUUCCCAAUGUGUCCUCCUGCCUGGCCGAUCCCGCACCCGAUGUCCGCAAGACUGCCCUCGUCAUGCUCACCAACCUGUUGCAAGAGGAGUACCUGAAGUGGAAGGACUCUCUUUUCUUCCGCUACGCUGCAGCCAUGGCUGAUUCUGUGCCAGAGAUUGCUAAACUAUGUGAGUACUGUCUGGUGGACCGACUGCUGAAGAAGAACCCCAAUAUGUUCUACCAGCAUUUCAUCGAGUGCAUCGUCCACUUUAACUCCUACGACAAGCACAGGAAGUACAACAAGUUUCCCCAGACUGACAGAGAGAAGGCCCUGUUCUCUCUGCGAGGCCUGAAUAAGCAGCCCAAGCGCUUCAAGGUCUACAAGUUUCUGCUGAAGCACUUCACAGACGAGCAGCGCUUCAACACCACCAACCGCAUCAGGAAGGAGAUCCUAGACGGUUUCCUGGACGAGACGAUGCCCCUGGAUGAGGACGGCGCGGCGCUGCUGUCGGACACCUUUGACGUGCUGAGCCUGAAGGAGUUGAAGCUGGCGGCCACCACCGCCGCAGCAGAGGCCGCGGACGAGCCCCAGGACGAGCAGGCCAUCAUCGUCAAGACCCUCCAGAAGAAGCUCAUCUCGCACGCCCAGAAGAAGAACUUGAUUGAGAACAUCAUCCCAGUGGUGCUGGGCCUGAAGACCAUGCUGGAGGAGAAGCGGUCCCCUGUCCUGGGCCACCUCAUGUGGUAUCUACAGGUGAUCACUGAGGACUACCGUGCGGAGCUGAAGGAGGUGUUUGCGGCGGACGCCCAGCUGGCUGCAGAGCUGGAGUUUGGCCUGAAGCAGUACCAGAAGCAGCAGCAGGAGGAGGCCCUCAAUGACACCAUGAGGAGGCUCUCCGUCAUCUCCAAGAACACACCCACUCCUGCUAUGGCCAAAAGCCGUCGGCGCAUAUCUGAGCAGAAUGUUCCGGAAGGUCAGGGAGACGGCACUCCUCUUUCAGGUCAAACUCCAAAGGCUCCCAUUCCAACAAGGCCUACAGAGGGUCCGAACACCAGUUCAGGUCUGCUUCAAAUGGACACUUCUGACACUUCAUUUUUGCCUCGACUGGACAGGGGAAGGGCCAUAAGUACCCCCGGUGGCAAUUUGCUUUCAGGCGAUGGAAUGCACGAGGUGACCUUCGGUGGAGACGUCAGCGCAAUCAGAAUUGGCCAAGGAAUGCAGCAAGAAGAGAGUGAUGUACUUCACGUGUCCCUGGAGCAAGAGACUCCAAGGCAGUGGAAUAUCCAGUCCCCUCUGCGCAAGGGGCCGCGUGCCCUGCUUAAGUGAUGUUUUAGGUACCGCAAUUAAUAUGGCACUUUGGCAGUUUUAUUGACAAAGAAGGUCAAAUUUCCAGCCUUGCUCCAGCCGUUAUGUGUCUCUUGUCAUUUACAAACAUUUGUUAAUGGGUUUUUUUUCCCCAGAUUAGUAAUAUGUGUGCUUUAGCUUUUUACAUGUUUUCUGUCUUUACUUUUCAUAUAAAUGUCUUCUUUUGUCAUUUGUACUUUAUCUACUGAAACCUUUGUCUGAUUAAACUAUGCUAUUUAUAAAGCAAAA